AUGCGCAGUGAGUGCAACUCUUAUGAAACAAAGUAGUGCAGCAGCAGCUGAUCAGGUACAGACGGAGUCACAGGCUGCGCGCACGCACGGACCCGGGGCGAUCUGCAACCAGCGCACAGCGGCACGACGGGAAGAAAUGCGUCUUUCUUUGGGCUUGACAUAAGUGACACCUCCGGGGAGCCAGCACGAGAUUAAAAUGGCCCCAAAUUCUAUCCACUGGUUCCGGAAGGGCCUCCGUCUCCAUGACAACCCGGCGCUACGGGAGGCGGUCAAAGGGGCGGGCACGGUCCGCUGUGUUUACUUCCUGGAUCCUUGGUUCGCAGGCUCCUCCAACGUCGGGGUCAACAGGUGGCGGUUUCUCCUCCAGUGUCUGGAGGAUCUGGACGCCAACCUUCGGAAACUCAACUCUCGCCUUUUUGUCAUCAGGGGCCAACCAGCCAACGUGUUCCCACGGCUUUUUAAGGAAUGGAAGAUCUCUCGGCUGACCUUUGAGUACGAUUCAGAGCCUUUCGGGAAGGAGAGAGACGCUGCCAUCAAGAAGCUGGCCAUGGAGGCAGGGGUGGAGGUCAUCGUCAAGACGUCACACACCCUCUACGACCUGGACAAGAUCAUAGAGCUGAAUGGCGGGCAGCCUCCUCUCACCUACAAGCGUUUCCAGACCCUGAUCAGUCGACUGGAUCCUCCCGAGAUGCCCGUGGAGACGCUGUCAGACUCCCUGAUGGGUCGCUGCGUGACUCCCAUCUCCGAUGACCACGGAGACAAGUACGGGGUGCCGUCGCUGGAGGAGCUGGGCUUCGACAUCGAGGGCCUGCCUUCAGCCGUGUGGCCCGGAGGAGAGACCGAGGCUCUGACGAGGAUAGAGCGCCAUCUGGAGAGAAAAGCCUGGGUGGCUAAUUUCGAACGUCCCAGGAUGAACGCCAACUCGCUGCUGGCCAGCCCGACAGGCCUCAGCCCGUACCUGCGCUUCGGCUGCCUCUCCUGCCGCCUUUUCUACUUCAAGCUCACGGACCUCUACCGAAAGGUGAAAAAGAACAGCUCCCCUCCGCUCUCUCUGUACGGCCAGUUACUGUGGCGGGAGUUCUUCUACACCGCGGCGACCAACAACCCGCGCUUCGACAAGAUGGAGGGGAACCCCAUCUGCGUCCGCAUCCCCUGGGACAAAAAUCCUGAAGCGCUCGCCAAGUGGGCCGAAGCGAAGACAGGUUUCCCCUGGAUAGACGCCAUCAUGACUCAGCUGAGGCAGGAGGGCUGGAUCCAUCACCUGGCCAGGCACGCGGUGGCCUGCUUCCUCACCAGGGGGGACCUGUGGAUCAGCUGGGAGGAAGGGAUGAAGGUCUUUGAGGAGUUGCUUCUAGAUGCAGACUGGAGCGUGAACGCAGGCAGCUGGAUGUGGCUGUCAUGCAGUUCAUUUUUCCAGCAGUUUUUCCACUGCUACUGCCCCGUGGGCUUCGGCCGGCGCACCGACCCCAACGGGGACUUCAUAAGACGAUACUUACCUAUCCUCCGAGGUUUCCCCGCUAAGUACAUCUACGACCCGUGGAACGCCCCGGAGUCCGUGCAGGCUGCGGCCAAGUGCAUAAUCGGCGUGCAUUACCCGAGGCCCAUGGUGCACCACGCAGAGGCCAGCCGGCUCAACAUCGAGAGGAUGAAGCAGAUCUACCAGCAGCUAAGCCGAUACCGAGGACUGGGCCUGCUGGCAUCAGUGCCGUCCACCAACGGGAACGGGAACGGAGGAAUGAUGGCCUACUCUCCCGGAGAGCAGCAGCCAGGGACCAACAACAACAACAACAACAACUCACAUUUGCCUGGAGUGUCGGGGAGCUCCGUUGCGACCGGUAACGGCAGCGGGAGCAUCCUACUCAACUUUGACAACGAAGAACAGACGAGACCAAGCAGUGCUGGACAACAGCAACGACUGCAACCGCUGCCACAGCAACAACAGCAGCAUGGAUACCACUCAGUGCCAGACGCCAGCCAGACCAUCACCAGCAGCCAGCUCUACCACGAGUUUGCUGUGCCUCAACACCCGGGACUCCUCCUGCACACCAGAGGCAUCACAGGAAAGAGGGAGCGCGAGUCGGAACGUGACGGCUCGGGGGAGAAAGACCCGGCGUCCUGCUCCGUGCACAAGAUGCAGAGGCAGAGUGCAGAGACCACCUAGAGCGGACCAUCUGAAUCCACGUCAGUCACCAUCGAGAGAGCGAGAGCGAGGAAUUCCCAAUGUCGCCGCCUGUCCUUCGAAAAACUCACGGCGCUCCGGACGUGACCUCUUCAAACACAGUGCAUGUAAAAACUGUCUUCACAGUCAGAAACUCCCCCCGGGGGUGUAAACAUGAAGGUGAAAAUGUGAUUUUUAUUUUGGUUUUUGGCUCUCGACAGUUUCUGAAAGGGCUUCUUUUUUUUUUUU